AUGGCCAAUCCUCCUCAUGGUGGUGUCCUCAAGGACCUGCUCGCCCGUGAUGCUCCCCGCCACGACGAGCUCGAGAUUGAGGCCGAGCAGCUCCCUGCCAUUGUCCUCACCGAGCGCCAGCUUUGCGAUCUCGAACUGAUUAUGAACGGUGGUUUCAGUCCCUUGGAGGGUUUCAUGAACCAGAAGGACUAUGACAGUGUUUGCGAAAAUGUCCGUCUCGCCGACGGCAACCUCUUCUCCAUGCCCAUCACCCUGGAUGUGUCACAGGCCGUUAUCGAUGACGGCAAGCUCAAGGCCGGCUCCCGCGUCACCCUGCGCGACUUCAGAGACGAUCGCAAUCUGGCCAUCCUCACCAUUGACGAUAUCUACCGCCCUGACAAGGCUAAGGAAGCCAAGCUCGUCUUUGGCGGUGACGAGGAGCACCCUGCCAUUAAGUAUCUCUACAACCAGGUUCAGGAAUUUUACGUUGGAGGAAAGAUUGAGGCCAUCAACAAGCUCAACCACUACGACUAUGUCGCUCUCCGCUACACUCCCGCGGAGCUGCGUGUUCACUUCGACAAGCUCGGCUGGAACCGAGUUGUUGCUUUCCAGACUAGAAACCCCAUGCACAGAGCUCACCGUGAGCUGACCGUUCGUGCUGCUCGUGCUCGCCAGGCCAAUGUCCUGAUCCACCCCGUUGUCGGUCUCACCAAGCCUGGUGACAUCGACCACUUCACCCGUGUCCGCGCCUACCAGGCUCUCCUCCCCCGCUACCCCAACGGUAUGGCCGUACUGGGUCUUCUGGGCCUUGCCAUGCGUAUGGGUGGUCCCCGUGAGGCCAUCUGGCACGCCAUCAUCCGUAAGAACCACGGUGCCACCCACUUCAUUGUCGGACGUGACCACGCUGGUCCUGGUAAGAACUCCAAGGGCCAGGAAUUCUACGGCCCUUACGAUGCUCAGCACGCUGUCGAGAAGUACAGGGAGGAGCUCGGCAUCGAGGUCGUUGAAUUCCAGCAGGUCACCUACCUUCCCGACACCGAUGAGUACAAGCCCAAGGACGAGGUCCCCGCUGGUGUCAAGACCCUGGAUAUCUCUGGUACCGAGCUGCGCAACCGCCUGCGCACCGGUGCUCCCAUUCCCGAAUGGUUCUCCUACCCCGAAGUUGUCAAGAUCCUCCGUGAAUCUAGCCCUCCUCGCAACACUCAGGGUUUCACCAUCUUCCUUACUGGGUACAUGAACUCCGGCAAGGACGCUAUUGCUCGUGCCCUCCAGGUCACCCUCAACCAGCAGGGCGGCCGCUCCGUCUCCCUCCUGCUCGGUGACACUGUCCGUCACGAGCUCUCAUCUGAGCUUGGUUUCAGCCGCGAGGAUCGCCACACCAACAUCCAGCGUAUCGCUUUCGUUGCCGGUGAGCUCACCCGCGCCGGUGCCGCUGUCAUCGCCUCCCCUAUUGCUCCCUACGAGGAGUCCCGCAACGCCGCCCGUGACGCUGUUACCCAGGCUGGUGGCAACUUCUUCCUGGUCCAUGUCGCUACUCCCCUCGAGUACUGCGAGAAGACCGACAAGCGUGGCAUCUACGCCAAGGCCCGCCGCGGCGAGAUCAAGGGCUUCACUGGUGUCGAUGACCCCUAUGAGACACCUUCCAAGGCUGAUCUCACUGUCGACGUUUCGAAGCAGACCGUUCGCAGCAUCGUCCACGAGAUCAUCCUCAUGCUCGAGACCGAGGGCUUCUUUGAUCGUUCUUAG